AAUAGAACAAAAUGAAAUCGAUCACUUUAGGAGCCCGCUGGAGGUCUCGAACACAAAAUCCGUUACAAAUUCAAAAAAAAAAAAAGAAGAAGAGAUAAUUAAAAAAGAAAGAAAAAAAAAUUUGCGAAGAAAAUGCAAAAUUUAAAACGGCUUAUUCUGAUCCGAUGGAUCUUUCUUCCCUAUAUAACCCAAUGCCACCAUUAAUGGCAAUUUAUCUAAUUCGCCAUUGAAUCCUCUCCUUCUAUCUCUCACCGGCAUUUGUUAAUGCCCUGCCUGUUAAGCUCUUCUUCCUCCGCUCUCCCUGAUUCCGUCGCGGUUCCAUUCCCCCCGCCUCGUCCCCGCCAUUCAGCUCAUCGUCCUCCGGUUCUUGCUGUUCUUUUCUCGGGUUAUCUCGUCGGCGAUUGCGAUUGGCGGGGAAGGAACCCAUGGCGGCGAACGGCAGCGUUAGCGGCGACGAGUCGGCCCCCGCAGCGGUGGCCCCGUCCUCCCCCAAGAACAAGGUGAAGUUCCUCUGCAGCCACGGCGGCAAGAUCCUCCCCAGGCCCGCUGACGGCCACCUCAAGUACGUCGGCGGCGAGACCCGCGUCGUGUCCGUCCCCCGCAGCAUCAGCUUCUCCGAGUUGAUGGAGAAGCUGUCUGCCCUGUUUGAAGGGAACAUGAUUCUCAAGUACCAGCUUGCCGCGGAGGACCUUGACGCGCUCGUGUCCGUUACAUUGGACGAGGACCUCAAGCACAUGUUCGAGGAGUACGAUCGCCACGCAGGCGAGGGGACCCCAAGGCUCCGGGCAUUCCUCUUCCCCUCGGUCCCGACAUUGAUCGAGACCCAGCAGGUUGCGUCCCUGGACCCGCACGCCCUGGAGCAGCGCUACAUUGAUGCGGUGAAUGGGGUUGUUCGGAUGAACCUGAGCCUGAGUCCAGGCACUCCCAAAGCUUUCGGGCCUUACAGCCCGAGCCGGGCUACGUUCAGCAUCUCGUCCGCGUGCUCCUCCCCGAAGUCGCCUUCCCCAGAUAGCAACCCGGGGGAUACCAUGUCCCAGGAGGCUGCUUCCAUGAGAAGCUAUCAUGGCCAUAGCGCGCUGCACCAUAUGCAUAAGGUCCAUAGCUCGCCGGCCCUGCACGUGCUCGGUAACACCCCGGCCCCGUGCAAUGGCCAUGGGGCCGGGAGUGCCCCACAAAUGCAAUACAACCACUACUAUAGCUCGAGCCACCACCAUCACCACAGCCACCAGCACCCUCCCCACUUCAGCUACCACCCUCCCAGGCCACUCCAACUCGAGCCUUACCGCGGGAGCGGGGCCCCUGCAGGGAGGGCAGACAUCGGCAGGAGCCCCCUAAAUCAAGGGGUUGGCCCGUACUAUCUGCCCGGCAGAAACUACCGGACGGGUGGAUUCAAUAACUAUGGUUACGCGGACGAGCACGGGGCUUACAGUCUCAGAAGGCCUGAGAGGGCCGACAGCGUCCCCCAUAGCCCAAGGACGGCUAUGUAGGGAGGACAUUGUUCCAAAGGGGGAGCAGUCGUAAGAACAGGGAGUCUACCGAAGCCGGAAUAGGGUGUCGCGGAAAAUCACAUUUAUAUCUUGGUUUUCUGUCAGCAUCUCCUCGUACUGCACCCUCCUUCAGCCGGAGAAAUGCGACUCACUAAUGUAUUCUUCGAUAUCUCACCAACCUGACCUGAAACUACAAUCUGCAUCUAGUUUCUCGACAGUCCGAUGUUCAUGUGUAUAUCUAUACCCCUCUUUUGUUGUUCGUGUAUAUUGACUGAUUCUUUUGUCAAUGGAUGACGAACAUAUUACGUUAUUGUCG